AUGCGACGAUCCAGUGGCAAUCAUCAGUUUCGUUCGACCUUUGCUUGGACCUCGACGUCGGACGCUUUGUUCAGCGCUUGGACGACAACCCAUGCUUAUAAAAAUGCGGGUCAAGAAGCUCAUGGUCACUUCAAUAUGCAUUCCGUCCUUCGCAUCACCGAACUCGUCGAUUUGGUCCUCGACCAUAUUGACCGCCCUCGCGACCUUUACUCCGUUGCGAGAACUUGCAAAGCAUUCAAGGAACUUUCUCUUGACCAUCUUUGGAGGACCCAGAACACCUUAGACAACAUCGUACAAUGUUUGCCACCGGAAUUGUGGGAGAUGAGAGCAGCACAGGACACUUUUGGUUGUCAUGUGCACCUGUCAACGGAGGCGAAACCCUCAGACUGGACAGUGGCAUUAACAUACAGUCGCCGAAUCCGAGUACUCGUGGUGGAGGAAAGCCAUCGUAUGCCGUGCUCGACCGUUUUAGAAGCCAUUCGGGUUAUUGGCCCCUCAAAAUUACUCCCAAACUUGAAGGAUGUCCGUUUUUGCGCCACGAUCCACCCAUACGAAGAUGUAUUCCUUUUGCCAACUGUCCGUCACCUUCACCUUGGAGACGUCCAAGUACCGAGUCUACCAGCAACUAUGGACUCUGCGAUGAACUGGGAGCGAGUGAUUGGAAUGUCUCUCGUGUCCGACCCAGAUGAAGCGCCUGCUUUCGUUUCGUCAGCAAUGUCUACGAUUGCCAAGAUGUUACAAAGGAUUCAAAUUCUCGAGCUUGAUUGCAUCUCAAGCGAGGCCUUUGUACAUCUUGCGCGUUUACCUCAUCUCACGGCGCUUCGCUUUCGCACGACAAUGGAGGAUGAUGCAUUGGCUGAACUUGCCCAAGCUCUCUUCCCCGCUCUCGAACACCUCAGCGUCCACGACACUACUCUUGAAUACGCUUCAAAGAUAGUUAACUUGCUCCUCCCAUCGUCUCCCAUUGAGGGACUCAAUCUCGAAACUUCUCCGUCGACGAAAGAGGAAGCAGCAGCGCUCUAUUCCGCCGUCGCAUCACACAUCAAUCCCGCAACACUCCGUACACUCGUCCUUGGCACAAGCGUUGAGCUGACAGACGUUAUCAUGCCUUACGCAGUCGACGCCAACCUCCUCGACAAUUUCGUCGUCCAAGCUUCCGCCAUUAGACCACUUCUUCAGUUUUCGGGCCUCGAGGAACUUGCCCUCCAACCUUCAGCCGGGUUCAACCUCGACUGCCAACUCGCAUGGGACAUGGCCCGUGCCUGGCCCAAUCUCACCCAUCUUGUGCUCGUCUCCGCCUCCCGCGCCAGAAUCUCUAACCCUGCUCUACGACUGUCAGCCCUUCAAGCGUUUGUCCACCACUCGCUUAAUCUCGUCCACCUCGAGCUCGACUUGGAUGCCACAUAUCUUCCGGCCAAGGACGAACUUUCGCUCCAGUCGCAAAAAGCACUGCGUGUGCUGGCUGUCGGCAUCUCGCCCAUCAGACAGCCUGAGCCAGUAGCCGCCUUUCUCCGCAGCAUCUUCCCCGCAACAGAGCUCUCUCUCCCGAGUGAGUCAGAAUGGGACCUGUUCGAACAGAUGAACGGGCCGCUUGACGUGCAUGGGAUGGAAGGAAGGUUGUUUCAGCGCCAAUGGACGAAAGUAGCGAAUCUGUUGAAAGCGGGUCUUGAUUGA